UCUAGGAACGUUUCUUCACUAGUGAGUCAGACGAAUCUCUUUGCUGUUUGUGGAGCAGACGUUUUGGCGGUGACAGCAAACUGCAGAGAUGAGCAGUCGGAACCUGAGGACCCGAAGGCAGCAACAGGAAAAUGCCGAAGAUGCAGAUCUAUCACUUCCUGUGUCUCGAGUAACCAGGAGAACCGCAAAGACACAAGAAGCAGAAGAUGCAGAUUUAUCACUGCCUGUGCCUCGAGCAACCAGGAGUACCGCAAAAAUAAGAGAAGCAGCCGAUGCUGAAGAAUUCCCACAGUUAAUACGAAGCCCACUAUUAAGGUCCAAAGGGCCAAGAGAUGUUAAUUCUCAUGGAGAUAACAGAGACAAAAAGGAAAAGGGUAAAGCUAACCUCAGUGAUUUAUCCCCAAGAGAAUACAGAACACAGAAAACUGAUUCUACAGAUGAUGAAGAUUCUACCGGGGAAGUGGAAAGGAGGGAAACUCAUCAGUAUAAACACACAAGAAAUCGUAGUCCUUUUGGUGACCACAGAAGCGACAUCUCCAAGAACGAAGGCUUUCCAGAUACUACAGAUGAAGAGGCUGAAGAGGAGGAGGAGGAAGAAUCUUUUCGGGAAGAUGAAAUGCGUGAAUCCCGUCUAUAUAAGCGUGAAAACUUCCAUAAUAAACUGUCACAGUCUACACAGCCUGGGCUAACAUUUCAGCCAAACAAGGCACAGUUUUAUGAAGCCGCGCGGCCUAGGCAGGCAUUUCAGCAAAACAAGUCACAGUUUUUUGACGAUACACCGCCUGUGCGAGCAUUUCAUCCAAACAAGACAACGUUUUCUGAUGAUGAGGAGGAACUGAAGCCAAUAAAUCUAAAGAUUCCCUCACAACACGAUUCGCAGAUCUCCAGCUUUAUUAAGAUGAUUCCCUCUGUUCUUGCUGUUCUUGUAGCUUUUGGGUGCGCGCUGUAUGUAAUAUAUUUUAUAUACAGCCCUGUUGUUGGUAACAGCAAAGUUCAAAUCCUAAAAGAUUUCCAGCAUAAUUUUAAAGAAUUGCAGUCUAUGUUUCCUAAUCAGCAAGAAAUUAUGUGGAAAAGAAGUAAGAAAAUCUUUGAGCUGCACCUCAAUAAUUCUAAUAUGAACCAACAACCCGCGAUCUUACUCCUGACAGCUGCUCGUGAUUCUGUGCAUACAUUGCAGUGUCUGAGUAACCAGCUUGCAAAAGCCUAUGCUUCCUCCCUUAAUAGCAGCUAUACUGUAAUUUACGGAGCCAAUGAUACAUAUAAUGACAGUAAUUAUGCCAAGCUGUCAAUAGAUAAUAGUUUGAGUUCAGGCUUUAAAGUCACGUCCCGGGCAGCUGUACUGCAUCGAUUGGAAAUGCUUCCUGCUGGAGCGCUCCUCAUUCUUUACAAGUACUGUGACCAUGAGAAUGCGGCCUUUAAGGAUGUGGCGCUCGUGCUCACAGUUCUACUGGAAGAAGAUACAAUUUCACCAGAAAUUAAUCUUAAAGAAUUGGAAGAGAAAGUUGCUGACUUUUUGAAAAACAAGUUCACUCACUCGGACCACAGCAAUUCACAUAACAUGAUGGAUUCGGACAAAUUCAGUGGCGUGUGGAGUCGCAUUUCUCAUGUUGUGCUCCCCGUUUUCAAGGAAACUGAAAAAAUUGAAGCCUGUGGCAAGUAGUUAGUAAAUUAUAAAAACAAGAUAGCUAUGUUUUCCUCUGAACAUAACAGCGUUAAAGAGACACAAAACUAAAAAAAUUUUUUUUUUUCAUGAUGCAGAUAGAGCAGGCAAUUUUAAGCAACUUUAUAAU